GCGAUCCCCAGUGUAGCGCGCGGCGCCCUACCCCUCUCUCGUGUGGCGGCCGUAGUCGCGGGCAUGCCCUCGGACGUGGACGAGGAGAUACGGCAGGCGCAGCAGGCGCGCGGCACCUCGCUCACCGCGAUCGCCGACGACGAUGUCUACAACACCGACCGGUAUGCGGGCAUGGACACGUCGAUUGCGCCCGGCGAGGCGCAGGAGGAUGGCGCGGAGCCGGCCGCGAAGCGGUCGUCGUUCACGGCGCCAAAGCACCUGCUCGAGGCGGUGCCGCAGCAGCCCGAGGACGACGACCCCAUGAGCCAGCGCUCCAACCGCAUCGCCGACCGCGAGGACGAGUACCACGCGCGCAGGCAGCGGGUGCUCUCCCCGUCGCGCGCGGACCCGUUCGCCAAGGGGGCCGGCGGGUCGUCGGAGCGGUCGUACCGCGACGUAAUGGCGGAGGCCGACAUUGCGCGCCAGAAGGACGAGAUCCGGCGCAAGCUCGCCGAGCAGUCGGAGGAGGGCGCCACGGGCUGGGACGCGACGCCGACGCCGGGGCGUGUGGCGGACGCGAGCAAGUGGGACUCCACGCCGACCCCCGGCCGCAGCAAGUGGGACGCGACCCCCACGCCCGGCCGCGGCGCGGACGGCGGCAGCCGCUGGGACAGCACGCCAACCCCGGGGCGCGGUGCGGACGGCGGCAGCCGCUGGGAUAGCACGCCAACCCCGGGGCGCGUGGGGGACGUCAACGCGACGCCGUCGCGCGGCAACCGCUGGGACGAGACACCGACUCCCGGCCGCGCGGGCGCCACCAGCGCAUGGGACAGCGGCCCGAGCGCGACGCCGCUGCACGGGCACGCCAACAUCGGCGCCACGCCGGUGGGGCCGAUCGACGCGCAGACGCCGGCGGUGGGCGGGAUGGGCCUCGGCCCUCUCGGCUCCGGCUCGCUCAACAACGACGUCGCGCAGACGCCCGAGCAGAUCCAGGUGAGCCGGUGGGAGCGCGAGAUGGAGGAGCGGAACCGGCCGCUGACGGACGACGACCUCGACGCGCUUUUCCCUCCGAGCGGGUACAAGGUGCUCAAGCCGCCCGACUCUUACGUGCCCAUCCGCACGCCGGCGCGCAAGCUCCUCGCCACGCCGACCCCUGCCGAGGGCGCGACGCCGCUCUACCAGAUCCCCCUGCCGUUUGUCAAGCCGGAGGACUACCAGUACUUUGCGCCGCUGCUCAAGGAGGACGAGGAGAUCGAGGACAUGACGGUGGCAGCGGUCGAGGAGGCGCGCGAGCGGAAGAUCAUGAAGCUGCUGCUCAAGGUCAAGAACGGCACGCCGCCGAUGCGGAAGCAGGCGCUGCGCCAGCUCACCGACAAGGCGCGCGAGUUUGGCGCGGGGCCCCUCUUCAACCAGAUCCUGCCGCUGCUCAUGUCGCCGACGCUCGAGGACCAGGAGCGCCACCUGCUGGUCAAGGUGAUCGACCGCAUUCUGUACAAGCUCGACGACCUGGUGCGCCCCUUUGUGCACAAGAUCCUCGUCGUGAUUGAGCCGCUGCUCAUCGACGAGGACUACUACGCGCGCGUCGAGGGGCGCGAGAUCAUCGCCAACCUCGCAAAGGCCGCCGGGCUCGCGACGAUGAUUGCGACCAUGCGGCCCGACAUCGACAACGUCGACGAGUACGCGCGCGCCUUCUCGGUGGUCGCGUCGGCGCUCGGCGUGCCCGCGCUGCUCCCCUUCCUCAAGGCGGUCUGCAACUCGAAGAAGAGCUGGCAGGCGCGCCACACCGGCAUCAAGAUCGUGCAGCAGAUCGCCAUCCUGAUGGGGUGCUCCGUGCUGCCGCACCUGCGCGCGCUGGUGGAGAUCAUCGAGGCGGGGCUCAACGACGAGCAGCAAAAGGUGCGGACGAUCACGGCGCUCUCGCUCGCCGCGCUCGCCGAGGCGGCCACGCCCUACGGCAUCGAGGCUUUCGACUCGGUCCUCAAGCCGCUCUGGAAGGGCAUCCGGCAGCACCGCGGCAAGGGGCUCGCCGCCUUCCUCAAGGCGAUCGGCUUCAUCAUCCCGCUCAUGGACGCCGAGUACGCCAACUACUACACGCGCGAGGUGAUGAUCAUCCUGCUGCGCGAGUUCGCCUCGCCCGACGAGGAGAUGAAGAAGAUCGUCCUCAAGGUGGUCAAGCAGUGCGUCGCGACGGAGGGCGUGCAGCCGGCGUACGUGCGCGCCGAGAUCCUGCCGGAGUUCUUCAAGAACUUUUGGGUGCGGCGGAUGGCGCUCGACCGGCGCAACUACCGCGCGCUGGUCGAGACGACCGAGGAGCUCGCCAAGAAGGUCGGCGCCUCCGAGAUUGUCACGCGCAUCGUCGAGGACCUCAAGGACGAGUCGGAGCCGUACCGCAAGAUGGUGAUGGAGACCGUCGAGAAGGUCAUCUCGUCCCUCUCCGCGGCCGACAUUGACCAGCGGCUCGAGGAGCAGCUCGUCGACGGCAUCCUGUACGCCUUCCAGGAGCAGACCAACGAGGACACCGCGGUGAUGCUCAACGGCUUCGGCACCAUCGUCUCCGCGCUCGGGUCGCGCACCAAGCCGUACCUGCCGCAGAUCUGCGGCACCAUCAAGUGGCGGCUGAACAACAAGAGCGCGAAGGUGCGGCAGCAGGCGGCGGACCUCAUCUCGCGCGUCGCGGUCGUGAUGCGCGCGUGCAACGAGGAGCAGCUGAUGGGCCACCUGGGCGUGGUGCUGUACGAGUACCUCGGCGAGGAGUACCCCGAGGUGCUCGGCUCCAUCCUCGGCGCGCUCAAGGCGAUCGUCAACGUGAUUGGCAUGACCAAGAUGACGCCGCCGAUCAAGGACCUGCUGCCGCGCCUCACGCCCAUCCUCAAGAACCGGCACGAGGUGGUGCAGGAGAACUGCAUCGACCUCGUCGGCCGCAUCGCCGACCGCGGCGCCGAGUACGUCUCCGCGCGCGAGUGGAUGCGCAUCUGCUUUGAGCUGCUCGACAUGCUGCGCGCGCACAAAAAGGCGAUCCGCCGCGCGACGGUCAACACCUUUGGCUACAUCGCAAAGGCCAUCGGGCCGCAGGACGUGCUCGCGACGCUGCUCAACAACCUCAAGGUGCAGGAGCGGCAGAACCGCGUCUGCACGACUGUCGCGAUCGCCAUCGUCGCCGAGACGUGCUCGCCGUUCACGGUGCUGCCCGGGCUGCUCAACGAGUACCGCAUCCCAGAGCUCAACGUGCAGAACGGCGUGCUCAAGUCCCUCUCCUUCCUCUUCGAGUACAUUGGCGAGAUGGGGCGCGACUACGUGUACGCCGUCGUGCCGCUCCUCGAGGCGCGGGCGGACGCGCUCAUCGACCGGGACCUGGUCCACCGGCAGACGGCGUGCACCACGGUCAAGCACAUGGCGCUCGGCUCGGUCGGGCUCGGGCUCGAGGACGCGAUGCAGCACUGCCUCAACCUGCUCUGGCCAAACAUCUUCGAGACGUCGCCCCACGUCAUCAACGCCGUCAUGGAGGCCAUCGAGGGCAUGCGCUGCUGCCUCGGCCCGACGGCCGUGCUCCUCUACACGUUGCAGGGGCUCUUCCACCCGGCGCGAAAGGUUCGCGAGGUCUACUGGAAGAUCUACAACAACCUCUACAUCGGGUCGCAGCCGGCAAUGGUGGCUGCGUACCCGCGCAUCGCCGACGACGUCCUCAACCGGUAUGGCCGUACCGAGCUGGACCUGUUCCUCUGAGGGCCGCCGCGACGGGUCCCCUUUUGAGCGCCUCGCUGGGGGUGCGGCCGCUCUUCUCGCCGUCCUUGGCUUCCGUGUGCUGCCGCGUGCCGCUGCCGGGGAGAGACGUCGAGAAGGUGGUGUUUAGAGCAUUUCAGGUGUUUUCUUCUGUUUUGUUACGAUCUCCUUUUUUUA